CACGCCUGGGCUCUGGAGGAUUCAACCAGGAGCCGCGACCACCGGGCUUGGCUCGGGGAGGGACGUCGGCCGCGUGGGGAAGGGUCGGACUCCAGCUCGCAGCGGAAAAGGCCACCAUUCUAACAGUGCCUAGAAUCCUGAGGUGCUUCCCACGGCCCAGCUCCCCGCCUCCCCUCCUCACGGGGCCCGCCAGCCCCUUAUCCCCUUUUCCAACGCCUGCCUGCCUUCUUCUCGCCUGCUGACCCGCCUUAGCUUCGGCCAGAGGCCUCUCCGGCGCCUCGGGAUCCUGUUCCUCUUCCCUUGACCGCCGGGGCCGCAAGACGCUGGAGCUGCCGGCCGCCCUGACCCGGAACUGCUGAGGCGCGGCGGGCGCGCGCGCUGAGCUCAUCCCGGGGUUCCCCGACGCCUGCGCUCGGCGCGCCGAGGCCGCCCGGUGCACGCCCCACAGCCCAGCUCGACCCGGGAGCUCCGUGCUGUCGGGCUGCAGUUGGCCGGCCGAGCCCCGGCCUGCGUUUGCACCGGAGAGUCCAGGUCGAUGCGAGCGCGGGGAUCCUCGAGACUCACGUGGGAUGGGUGAGGUGAGGUGAGGUGGAGCGUGCGUCGCUUCUCGUUUCAGGUGACCAACUUCGGGGCUCCGGAUUCCAAUGAGACCCAGGUCAGAAGUCGGGGGCGGCCGGUCCUAAUGAGCUCCCAGCAGCAGAUGAGGAGAUCAAGUCGGCAGAAAAGUCUUUGAAGAACUUAUGAUAUUGAAAGAUGGCAGAAGCAGUUGUGAUUGAUCUGUUUGAUUUGAAACUGAGUGCUCAGAAAAACUGCCAUCAGAGAUUACUGAAGGCAUUGAAUGCCGUCAAAUUCCACCAUGCUGCCAAGGCCAAAUUCCUUUGCAUAAUGUGUUGCAGUUCCAUCAGCUGUGAAAAGAAUGGUGAACAUGAUAAUUGUGAAUUAGAAACGAGCAAUGGCUUAUCAAUUCUUUUGAGGGAAUUUGAGACUGUUAACAAUCCCAGCAUGGCUGCCUCAUUGUAUACUAUUAAACAAAAAAUUGAUGAAAAAAAUCUGAGCAGCAUUAAGGUCAUUGUCCCCUUGCACAGGAAAGCAUUAAUGAAGGCCUUUAUUGACCACCUCUUCACUGAUGUUUACAAUUUUGAGUUUGAAGAUUUACAGAUGACUUCGAAGGAGAGCUUUUUGAAACAAUCCCCUGAAGUAAAUGUGAUUACAGCUCAAAAACUAGAAGAAAUCCAGAAUGAGAUAGAAACAUAUUUGAGUAGUUUGCCAGCACUGAAGGGAGAAUUAACUAUUAUCACAUCUCCUUUGAUCCCAGAUAUUUUCACACAUGGAUUUACAACAAGAACAGGUGGCAUAUCUUACAUACCAACCCUUAGCUCAUUCAAUCUCUUCAGUAGUUCCAAAAGGAGAGACCCCAAGGCAGUUGUUCAAGAAAAUCUACGUAGAUUGGCAAAUACUGCAGGAUUUAAUGUGAAGAAAUUUUACCGGAUAAAGACUGAUCAUGCUAAUGACGUCUGGAUUAUGGGAAGGAAAGAGCCUGCAUCUUACGAUGGAAUAACUACAAAUCAGAGAGGAGUCACGAUAGCAGCCCUUGGUGCUGACUGUAUCCCUAUAGUUUUUGCUGAUCCUGUCAAAAAAGCAUGUGGAGUUGCUCAUGCUGGUUGGAAAGGUACUUUGUUAGGUGUUGCAAUGGCCACGGUACAUGCUAUGAUAACAGAAUAUGGCUGUCGUUUGGAAGAUAUUAUUGUUGUGCUGGGACCUUCAGUAGGACCUUGCUGUUUUACUCUUCCAAGGGAAUUAGCAAAUGAAUUUCAUAAUCUUCAUCCUGCUUGUGUAAGAAUGCUUGACUCACCAAAUCCCUAUAUUGACAUUCGAAAAGCUACAAGGAUUCUUCUAGAGCGAGGAGGCAUUCUUCCACAUAACAUUCAGGACCAGAACCAAGAUCUGAGCCUCUGUACAGCGUGCCAUCCUGACAAGUUUUUCUCCCAUGUCCGAGAUGGCGUUAAUUUUGGUACACAAAUUGGCUUCAUAUCACUUAGAGAAUGAGGUAUGGUGGAUUCUCUUCCCUCUUUCCAAUCUCUUUCUGUUCUUCUUUUCCUCCCUCUUUUUGUCUUUCUCUGUUCCAGAUUUCCUUCCCCUAAUUUAAAAGAAAAUGAUGGAUUUUUUAUUUAACUUUAGCGUGUUAUUCCUAUAGGAAGAAUAAAUUUUUACCUUUUAGUGAUGUAACAGUGACAGAAAAGUUCAUUUUCAGUAGCUGACUCUUUUAAGAGGCACCACUUCCUUUUAGCUAGUGAAGAAUAAGUUGGCCAGCUUAUGCUAAAGGUUUAAAAGUAAAAUAUUUUAUCUUCAAAAAUUCUGUAUAUGUAUUCUUUAUCUCUACUAUGCACGUAACAUCUGUAUAUUUCAAACGAUAAGCUUCUUAUGACUUUUUGAUAUUUGUAUGAAGAAAUCUUUGCAUGAAGAUUUUAAGUUUUAGUAUAUUUAAAAAAUCCACAAAUAUAGUUGGCUUGGCUUUCAACUGAUAUCUAUAGGUGGAGUUUUUUGUUUUGUUUUGUUUUGUUUUUGCUAAAGGGCAGAUACUAAAUAUCUUAGGCCUUCCACUCUUCUGCUUUCUUACUGUAGGCCAAACAUAGACCCUGACAAUACACAAAUGAAUACCUGUGCUUCAAUAAAGCUUUAUCUGCAAAAACAGGUGAAGGGGUAGA